AGAAAUUGGAAGAAAGUGGGAAAAGGAGCAGGAGAAGAAGAAGUGGCUUAAAAAAAAACAACACGGACACUUGGCUGUCUGUGAACAAACAAGGUUACACAGUUAUCUGACAGGGCCAGUUCAACAGACAGGAUUGACCGUGCUGUGAUGGCUGGUUUUCCGUUUUUGAUCGGUCUUAAAAGAUAUCUACCAGAUCCACAAUGUGAGCUGCAUAAAACCCUUCUGACACCCUGAAGCGGCUGCUGAUAUGGUGGACCUGAGACAGACCCUCAGGAGCCCCCAGCCUCACUUUUUUAUGAGAGUCUGGGGAAAAUGUUGCCACAGAUUAUGGAUUUAGGAUAUCAUCUUCCAUGAGAAUCCAUUUUCACAGCUCUUCAACCAAGUAUCAGUGAGGAACAUGGAGAGAGAAGCAGCUGAGAGGGAGAUGGACGGCGUUACAGACACUGACGAGGAGAUCUCUGAUGGUGAUCCCACUUCAGUGACCAAUUCUAGUCAGUGGGAGGCCAGAGAGACUGAAGAUGACUACAAGGAUCAGGAGGAUGAAACAGCCUAUCUCAAAUCUAACGCUCAGGACACCCCAAACCCAGCCACUCCACAAGACUCUGGAAUAGGUGAAGCAGAGUACUGUGGCUCGCCAGAGGCCAAAGAGGAUACCGAGGAGGUUUCAGAUGGAUUGGAGCAUGAGGGCGCUGAAGGUCAUGAGGACUCGCAGGUUAUAAAUCAAGAGGAGGAUGAAGCUGCAAAGGAACAGCAAAUGAACGGGGAGUCUGUUUGGAGGAGCGGGGGAGCUGGACGGAGGUGCAAACUGAGGAGCAGUGGAUCAAUUUCAGAGCAAAGCAGUCAGAGUUCAUCCAGUGCUUUUUCAUCUUCCUCCUUUCAAAAAGGCAAUGUUGCGUCGAGCGGCGGCAGGCACAAGCAGACCCGCAGACGUAACCACCACCACCAUCAGCAGAGCCGGGGCCGCCGGCGGACGGGCAACCAGCUUGUCUUAGCUUUCAAGGAAAUGCUGUCAGAGUCUCUCAGCUUCUGGUGCAUCUCCUGCGUCCACAUGAUGAUUGAGAUUAUUGUCACAUUAACUCAUAAUUGUGGAGUCGGUGUGGAGACUGGAGGGGUGAAACUUUACAACUUUGGGCAGCAGCUAUUUGUAAAGAUCACAGAUAUACCAGGAUUGAAGGCAGAUGCUAGUCGGAUUUUGAAAUGGACUAAAUGCACUGGAGCAGACCUGGCGGAUAAAACUGUUAGGUCAGUCAAGUGGGUAAAGACAGCUGCCUUAUCUAGUUUCAGACUUUUCUGUGCUUUGGUUAUUCUCGGGUCCCAGUGGCUAAAGGGUGCUUUAGCCCGGCUCGGUGGAGAGAGGGGCAAACGCUAUUGGACAGCUUUUCAGGAAUCAAGGUUUUGGAACAGGGUGGUGUUCUUUCUGGAGAGAGUUCGGAGCCGGUUCAGUAGGGAUGGCCACACACAACCGUCCACCCCUGAAUCACCAGGCAGAGCAGGGAGAAGCCAGCCAGGCCAGGAGCUGGAAAGACUGCUGGCGUUGGCUGAGGUCCCAGAAGAUGAGCUUGACCCCUUUACAGUGCUCGGCGUGGAGGUCCAUGCGACUGAGACCGAGCUGAAGAAGGCCUACAGACAGCUGGCUGUCCAGGUCCAUCCAGACAAGAAUAAACACCCACGAGCUGGAGAGGCAUUCAAAGUACUGAGGGCUGCCUGGGAUAUUGUCAGUAACCCUGAGACACGACGAGAGUAUGAGUUGAAGCGCAUGGCGGCAACUGAGCUCUCCAAGUCCAUGAAUGAGUUUCUCACUAAACUGCAGGAUGACCUGAAGGAAGCCAUGAACACAAUGAUGUGUACCAAGUGUGAAGGCAAGCACAAGCGGUUCGAGAUGGAUCGUGAACCUGCUGAGGCCCGCUUCUGUGCUGAAUGCAACCGUUGCCAUAGCGCUGAGGAGGGGGACCUGUGGGCGGAGUCUAGCAUGUUGGGCCUACGCAUCACGUACUUUGCCUGUAUGGAUGGCAAAGUCUACGAUAUUACAGAGUGGGCAGGUUGCCAAAGAAUAGGCAUUUCUCCCGACACACACCGUGUGCCGUAUCACAUCUCCUUUGGUUCAAAGAACAACAGCAACGCCACACGACACAGGACGCCCUCAGAGCACGCCACAGGUCCAACCAACCCUGCAGACUUGCAGGACUUCUUCAACCGCAUCUUCAAAGGAGGACCUCCUAAUGACAUGGCUGCCAACGGGGGCUUCUUCCCCUCAGGUCCACCCCCUCAUCACCCACCUGGUGCCGGAGCGCCCCCGUUCUCCCCUCCGCCAAGCCAGACGGGUUUCUACAUGCCGGGGGGUCAACGGCCAGAGUCCAGCGAAACGUGGGCUGAAAGUGGCAAACCGCCCAGAAGGAGGAAGAAGGUCCGCAAACCCUUCCAGAGGUGAAGUCUGCUGACUUCUCAGUGCAACAACUUAGCAACACAGGGACACAAUAAGUAACGGCCAUGUUUGUCUUUCGCCUGCCUGUUGGCAUGCCAAGAAGGCUGCGGUCAGAUCGGUCAGAGGAGAGAGAGACUGGAUCAAGAGGAGGAGCCGGUUCACUGAGUCUGGGUAUUGAAGGAGGGUUUAAGAGGUGGCAGUGACGGUGCUUUACCUCUCAGUUCACCUUACUGUUUGUUUGUCUUUGAGACAACUGUAGCCUUGGCAUUGAAAUCCUCAUCAGGAUGCUGUAAUGAAACGUUUUCCUUUCAUAAUUUCCUGCCAAAUCCUGCGAUGCAUGAUUUAUUCACCUGCAUUUUAUCACUUCAGUUCUCUCACUUUUGUUGUUAAUGUUUUGUGUAAGGUUAGUUUAAGACGUUGGAAGUGACAGAUUUAUGGAGCACCAUAAUCAACAUGAAGAAUAUAAUGAUCCGGGCAGCUUCACUGUGUCAUUGUUACUCAUGUUUAGUGGCUUGUGGAUCUGCUUCCAGAUCCAAGAAUAAAUCCAAACCAGCCGACUCAGCUAAAUUAACAAAAACAUCAGACUUGCUGAAAUGUGAAGUAUUUUUUACCAUCUGCAGAGUCAUUUCUGUACACAAAGCAGCACAUUUUGAAAGGCUGCCACGGUUCUGUUGUUAAAUUGGUCUGAGAGUGACCUGUUUUCCCAGGAAUAUCAGUGGUGUGGUUCUCUGGUAGUAACCGUGCAGACAGCAAGAGAAGGCAAAACAACAUUUCUGUAUACAAACCUCAGUGGACGUCACAUGCAGUCAACCUCCAGCAUUAAGGAUCCAUUGAGACAACUGGCAUUUAUUUUUCCUACUACUUUGCAUUCAUAUAAAAUAUAACAACUGGAUUUUUCUAUAGUGGAGAAAUGACAAAUUCAAAGAAACGGUUCAUUUUCAGUGUUUAGAUAUUACAAAACCUCUAAAAAGGAAAAAUAUUCAGUUCCAGUUAUUACUUCAAAAUCUGGCCUUGUCACAUCUGUUCUCUCAGACUCAGUUAUACUAGAACUGUAUUUGUGUCAUCAUUACCAGAGAAUCACAUCUGCUUAGUGAGACGCAUCACAAAAGAAGAUAGUCUUUAAAUGAUAGGCAGGAGAAGUUUGAUUUGAACAUCUUGGACGAGGCGAAGGUGAACCUGUGAUGUAAUCGAGAUGUAAAAUCUAGACAUGAACAAGUAAAACUAAUAGAAGGGCUUAUUUUGUUGUGAGAUACACUGAUACAAACGUGCUAAAUCUGCUUGCUGUUCAUUGUUUCAGCUCCAGAUUGACGAUAAUUACAUCGCAGGUUCAAGUGUAACAGCAGAGAUUAGUUCAGUGGUGAUCUUUAAUGUUGAACCCCGGUCGAGCUGCAUUGAGAAGUGAUGCCUUGACAUUUUGAAAUGUUGCUAUUUUUCUCCACCAGGGUUUAAAAGAUGCAGUAGGAUUGAGCCUGUACUGUCCCCUGUUGAUCUACUGUAUAACUACACAUCUGCCUUCUGAUGUUUCAUUGAACAUGUCACAGCUGAUUGACAAAGUUUAACAGUUGAGAGCCACCUGAGUCUUAAAUUAAUUGAUGCUAAGUUGACAUAAAAAAUUGUGCUUAUGUUCAAAUAUUUAAGCAGUUGAACUGAAUUUAAACUUGCAGUGCUGUGUUUUUUUUUUCUAUCAGCACUGUUUCUCUUUUUUGGUCAUUUUGAUCAUUAUGUUAUAGUAUAUAAUGUUGCAGUUGCAACAGCAAAUUAUUAUAGUUGUUCAGGCUGAAAAAAUAUAGCGUUCCAGUUGUCUACAUUUUUACACCAUUUUUCCUUAAGGGUGUUCUUCUGGUUUAGUGCAAUUUUAUGCCAGCUAUGAUGUGUUUGGGCAUUUUAAGCCAUGACUUCUGCACUCAUUACAAAAAACCCUUAAAAAAAAAUUAAUUCAGAAUAGGAGCGCUUCCCCUGAACGAGUACAGCUCAUCACAUUUGUUUCCAGCCAUCCUGCUCACUUAGACUCAAAUUUAUCUUUUUUCUAAGCUGUGGUCUCCUCUAUUUUGGCUCCUGGCUGCCUGUAAUUAAAGAAAAACUUCCACCUGGGCAGAAUUCAGCUUUCAAAAUGUCAAUGUCACACAUAAACAGAAAAUCUAUUUAAGGGCAAACAAUUGAUUUCCUCUUUCUGUUCCCUGCAUAGCAGUAUGUAACAACAUGAAGCAGUCUCAAAACUAAUAACUGGUUAUAUAUCGGGUUUGGUUUCUUGAUAUGGUUCUUGCAUAGAAAUGACAUUGUUAUUUUUCAGCGUAGGUUAAUUUAAGAAAAGUUAUUGUUUACACCUGAUAUGUGAAGAUUGUGAGAGUGUAGUGAAACGGCAAUUCUUGUGUGAUAAGGCAAUUGAUAGCAGCUAUUUUUUUUUAUAUUGACUUUUUUUUUUUUUUUUGGUUCUUUUGUGUUAAUUUGCACACCCACCCCAGUUAUAACAUCAGAGGGCUUUUGAACAGUCAUCAGUGAUUUAUCCUGAACCAGACUCCUCCAGCUGCAGCUGAGUAGGAGGUGUAGCUCACUCGGAUAACAGCACAUUUGCAAAUCAAGUUUGUUUUUUUUUUUGUUUGUUUUUUUUUGGUAGAAUUAGAAGUUUAAAAGGAGUGACAAAUUUUCAAAACCAUAAUUUGAUUUGCAUGACCGGUUACCACUCUGGAGAAAUGCCCAAGUAUCAGAAACAUUAUAUGGCAUUGUGAUGCAUAAAUGUGAGUUUGUGUGGUAGCUUUAUAAAGGUGAGCCUUUGUUGUCCAUUUAAGCAGGACCUUAAGUUUGCCAUGUUUCUCUUUAUGUGUCAAAUUGCUUUUUUUCCCUCCUGUAUCUAUUUGACCAUUUUCCCAGACAUGGAUCAAGCAGUUGUGAACUAAAAUUGGACUAAGAAUUGAUCAAAUUAAGGUAAAAAUAUUCCUGAAUUUAGGUUUUUCUGAUAAGGACUAUUUGGUAGUUUAAAGAUUAAAAAGCAAUGCCAGAGCCUUGAAGGCUCCUCAGUGGGGUACUGGUUAAAUUCAGAUUUACUGGUGGCAGAAUGAGAUAAAUCCAGAAAAAUGACUUGGAUUAGUAUCGCUUUUUAGUACAUUUAUUAAAGAUUUGUUUUCAAUUUGUGCAAUUUUUCUUCUUACAUACUCAUUAAGGCCUUGUUCUUAUCCGCAUUUUUUAGACAGUUUUUGUACCAUGAUAUAACUGUCAAAGACUUCCUUCACUCCGUGUCUAGGAAACUGGACCCACAGCUGUAACCACGAUAAGCAGAGCGCGUUGUUUUCCACACGUCCACCUUGACUUGAGAAUGUACAGUGCUGUAUGUUAAAAAGGUAGCAGUUCGAAGUCCAAGAAGUCAAUGGAAGAGCCAACACUUCAGUUGUUUUUUGGUUUUUUUUUGUGUUUUCAUUUAAAGUUUUUUAACAGAAUAUGCAGAAAUAUUGCAAAAAAUAUCUGACAAUCAUCAGGGUUUUUCGUAGGGAGUUAUGAGGCGAGUUCCCUGGCUGGCAAAACAGUUUUAAGAUUUCACUGUUGGGUUUCUUUCCCCCGCUUUCUCUGGUUUUCAAAAUAAAGAUGAUUUCCUAUAUGCACAA